GGCUCACAGUUCAGACUGGAAAAGUUGGUAUGAAAGAGGUAGGACGCGGAAAGCCAAGGCGGGCAGAAGACGUUUGUUGACGAUUUUCACGCUACUCUCCUACUGAAGCGGAGCAACAACCCAUCAAUCCACCACAACAUCCUCUUGCUGGUCUGGACACGUCCAGCUGAACCAUGUGGCUCCUGGAGAAGAUCCGCGGGUCAAUUGACAGCAGCUCGUCUCGGCAGGCAGAGGCCGGGGAGAAGCAGGGAAAGGCCCCCACCUACAGCAAUGUCCUCACUCCGGACAAAAUCCCUGACUUCUUCAUCCCCCCCAAGCUGGUCUGCUGCCCCCCGGAAGGGGAGCCCCCUGACGUUCAGCCUCAGGCAGUGAUCCGGGCUUCCAGCUCCGACCAGGCCAUCGGCAGCAAGAAGCCCUCAGGCAGCCCCCGCAGUCCACGCAGCCCCCGGCUUAUGGGCAGGCUGAGCGGAGACACCAAGAACCUACUGAAGGCUGCUAACCGGCAUAUAAUCCAGAUCGAGAGCGCCGACGAGCUGACGGUGGGGGAAAUCGGGGAGCUCGCCGCCACCAACGCCGACCCGCAGGCGCAGACGGCCAUGUCGCUGCCAUACGUACCCAAAGCCCAGACGUCCUACGGCUUCGCCACGCUCAUGGAGAGCCCCCACACUCGCCGGAAGGAGUCGUUGUUCCACAGCGAGCACACCAGUCCCAUCACGUCGCCCAGCUCCCAACGCAAAAAGGCCGAGGGCAACCACCUGAACCCAGCCGAUUGCACCGCCUCGCACAUGAACCCGUACCGCUACUUCAGCGGCGGCGAGAGCGACACCUGCUCCUCGGCCGAGUCGUCGCCCUUCAGCUCGCCCCUGCUCUCCCGCUCUGCCUCCCUCCUCAAGAUGUUCACCAGCGAGACUCAGGCCAAGGUAGUGAAGGCCAAGAGAAGUUUCGCGCGUCACAGCUCCCUCUCCACGGAUGAGUGCAGCUCGGCAGACACCAGUCCCAGCCUGCAGCGUCGGCUCCGCUGUCCACUUAGCUUGGCCGGUGGCGCCGGUAGUGGGGCUGGGACUGUGGAUCGGUUGCAGCGUGAGCACACUGUCAACCUGCACCGCAGGGGCACCUUGCGGUUGCGCGUGCACUACGACACGGAUUCCUCACGCCUGCGCAUCCGGGUGCUAGCUGCCGAGGACCUGUACGACCUGGCCUAUGAUCUCAAGAGCAUCAACUGCUGCGUGGUCCUGUACCUUAACCCCGGCAAGGUGCAGAAACAGAGGAGCACCAUUGUCAAGAACAGCCGCAACCCCAUCUUCAACGAGGACUUCUUCUUUGACUCGUUGCCCUCCGUGCAGGCGAAGAAGAUGGCCGUGAAGAUGAAGGUGGUUAACAAAGGGACCAGCCUAAAGAGGGAUGUGCGGCUGGGAGAGAGGGAGAUCCCUCUCAGGGAGCUGAUCACUGGGCUUUAGAUCGCUUCCUGUUUCGUUGGAAGGAGAUGUCAGCAUUGGCAAAGAGAGUAUCAUGACCCAGCAGCAGUUAUUCACUAUAUUCUCCAGGUACACAAAGUAGAGUUCUCUGGUCCUGCUGGCCAUAGCUGCCUCCAUUACUGGUCCCCAAAUGCAUCUCACCGGCCCGUGAACUCAACCUCCAGUUGGACGAACUUUAAAUUUACCUUGAUUCAGGUCGAUAGAUUAAGCCGACGUGUGUACAUGCGUGCUUCCACGUAUGACUUUAUAUUAUGAAUGCAGUCUAUUUGGGUAUCAACCACUUAAGAGUACCUCGUGGUCCCUGCAGUGCCAGUUUGUGUUGUUUAAUAAUCCGAAAUGCAAAUGAACGCCACUGAGAGGGUGCCCUGGCUGCAGAAUUGCUCUCUCCUCAGAGAUUGCUUAUAACAUUCCGCGUAUCUGUCAGCACCAGCCGAGUCCUCAUACGUUGCACUGAUGCUUGCUCUUGGUGUUUAUCCAAAACCGCUGCCUUUAUUCCGGCCCUAUAAUGAGCUUUCAUUUUGUGUAGCGAAUGACUUCAUAAAAGAACACCCACAAGCCUUAUUAAGCAAUUUAUGACACUUAAAGUUUCACAAAGAGUGGCUUCACUUGCUAAAACGUUGGAGGAGUAUUGUCGUGUGUGCGGAAUGGCUGGCGUUAGAGCCCUUUGUAAAAGAUUUAUAAGCGUUAUUGAUGUAGGGGCCCCAAACUCGCAAAAUUGUCAAGUAUAACAGUAUUUAUACAUAUAUAUCGGUGUUUCUUUUUGUGCAUCCGUUACAGGAUCUGCAUGUCUGCACAAGAUAUACUAUGUUGUGUUAAAAAAAAAAAACAAAAAAAACUGCAUGAUAUUGUCGUACAGACAGCGCUGUAGUGCUCAGGAUUUUCCGGUUCACGACAAACAGAAACCAAGUGUGUUUCGGUGUGUAAUUGCACUUAUGUAGUCUAUUCGCACGGUGUCAGGGGAUCCAGGACUCCCGACAGAAGAUCCCGUCGCCCAUUUAGCGCUUCACUUGACGUUUUCAAUGAUGGGGCUCCAUCUUCGUAUUAUAAUGUAUCGUCAUCUUUUUAUGACUUACACCGUCGCGAUGCUUCAGAUGUGCAUCAGAAGUUUUCUUGAAGUGCACUGUAAUAAAUUUAAAAAUAUUACUGUUUUUUAUAAGUGCCGUUCAUAUAACGGGGGGCCACAGAUCGCCCCGCCAUCGUUGGCUAAUAUAGUCUGUCCAUCUGAAUGGAGAUAAACAUUUACUUCGCGUUUGACAUUUUUAAGUACGUGAGGUGGUAUAAAUAUUGUGUUCCAUUUUAAUCGCCAGAGUACGCCUACCAAAUAUUGUGAAUUAUUUUUGCAGUAGAUGUGUAGGACAGCAAAAUUGUUUUAAGUGCUCUUCGUUGUUUUAGGUUGAAGGUACUUGCUGUCCUCUUCAUCUAGUAUUCCCCGUCAGUUUAACAAUAAUAUGCACAGAAUAUUUUAUCGAUGGAAACACUGUUCACUGUUUCAAACCUGUUCAAAAUUGCACAUUUUUAAUACCCAGAAUGUAACGUUUGACACGGUGUCCAAACGAAAGGUCUUCCUCUUUUCAGCAUCAUCAACCAAACAAGUAAUCGGAUUGCAAUUCGCAGUUUUAUAUCAAGAUGGGGAAUUAAGCAGGCACUGCUUUAGUGAUUUAAAAACGAGUUGUUUUUUUCAUGGCCAAACUGCCUCUCAGAACAGAAGCCUUCUUAUCCAUCUGUCGGCAGACCACUAACCUGUGGUGUCUGUGUUUCAGACUCUCAGAUCUCAUACUGGAGCCUCUCUAACAUGAUUUUUUUUCCACUACUGGGAGCAUUAAUUAAGGUAUUACAAUUUCUAUUUCUAGCGUUCAUUAAACUACUGUCAAAUUGCAGGUGUUAAAUUUCCCAUUAAUUUGCCAUCGCUAGUCCAAGUCGUACGGCGGUUUAAUUACGCCGAGGGGUGAGAGGCCUUGAUGGGCAGAAAUCCGUCGGAUUACGGACUGCGAAAGGUUUCCACUCGUCUGCGGAGACGAAGUGGCUCGUUGUGGGGGAGGUGGUUUGAUACGGUUUCUGAUGAUAUUUCACUGGAACACAUUAAAGAUGCCGUACUGACGUGUUGAAGUUCAGGCAGGUUAUUAAAAACGAAGUGUCAGGUCUUGUUUGAUGCCGGAUUUCCUUUUGUGUUUAUCAAUGAUGGGUCACAUUCUUUUUUCAUGUAUAACACUUUUAAUUCUGUGUUGUCGAAAACGAUGGAUUGGAUAGUGUGUUUGAGUCAUGUACGUGUUUGUAUUUUGGAAGAGAUUAAAACUGAGUUUAUUAGUGGGUUUAAUGUGUGCUAAAAGAUUCUUGGCGGUAUGUUGUUAUUUACUGAACAAUUAUGCAGAUCAAUAAAAGUAAACAUUGCCUUUGAAA